AGUCUUUCCUCCUUUGGUAGCUUCAGCACAUCGGUGGCGGCCACGCUGCGAGUGCCGCAUUGUUCCUCAGCGCUGGGUCUGUACGUGCCUUCCGUCUGACGUUUCUUCUUCACUACACACAGCAGCCAGGCCACCACGGCCAAGAUGAUGGCCAGCAGUCCCAGCGUCACCGUGGGAGCCACAAUGGCAGCAAUGUUGGGGCCCUGGUGUCGGACAAUGAGCACCAUGACAUAACGCUGACGUUGGAAACGUGGACUGCGGUCACCUUCGCAGUGCGGCUCCGUCGUUUGACUGUUUUAUUGUUUCCAGAGAAUGUCACGCAAAUAUGCCCCCUAGUGGAUUUGCUCAGCAAUGCGGAUGGCCAAGAAUUCAUUUGCAUCGGUCACUAUGUGAACAACGAGUACACGGACCCAGAACUUCCGGGAGAACCCGCCCAUCAAGCCAGACUACACACAGGUAUCGUCAGUAUUGACUAUACAGUCUCCCUCCGCGAGCAAUGCGGAUGACAUCACAGCAAUCUGAUUGGGUGCUUUGGAAGUGCUAUGAUCUUCAGUGGCAAAAGGCCGUGCAGCGACUCACCCCACACAGCAUUACUGCUGAGCAGCAGGAGAAUAAAAACACCCCCCAGCAUGACGACGCCAGGUGUGGCCGGAUGUACAUCUGGACUCCCGGCCAUGUCUAGAACCGGGUCCUGGGCCGAGUGUAGCGGGCAUCAGCUCGGGCCCAUUUCAUGAAUGCCACCUGAUGCUGUUCUCUCCUCCCUAGAGAGAGAGGACAAAUGUUGACUAUUUUAAGCAGAGAUUGAGACAAGGAACAGUGAAUCAUGCUGAAUCACAUAACCACAUGACUAAAGUAAAUAUAGUCUAUACUGUAUAUACACCAACCUCAAUCAGGCUGCUCUCAGGUCGGCAAAAAAAAAAAAGGUGAGAAAUCUACUACAUGUUACUUCGGUCCUCACCUUCGCAAUCUAUGCACCAAAUAACAUUAUCAAAAUAAACCGAAACCGAGCGUUCGGGGCUCCCACAUCCUCUUUAUGUAAAGCACUUGAUCAUGUGAUCCAGUUCGGUGUUACAUUACCUGCGCGAGCGCACCUUCCUGCAAGCAGACAGAUCCUCCUUUGUGCAAAGUCCAAAUAAAACGCAGUUUAGUGGAGCAGAACAGAGUCAGGUUACUCAGAAUACAAACAGCCCUGGUGUGGACUUCUAGAGCCCUUCUAGAUGAAAUACUAUUGUUCCUACAUUGGAAGAAAUCUACUACAUUCUUUUCCCUGCCGAGGCUGCACUUGCGCUCCAGCAUGAGGCUCACGGUGUUUGACUCCACUCACUGUUCUUGCCCUUACCUAGCAACCUGUGUCUCUACUGUAUAGCGGGGGCUGCAGGGAAACAGCGCCCCCAUCAGGUGGCCCCGCCUCCCAACCACUGGAGAACGUGGACAUGAGCAUUCCUGGGAUAUUUAUUGGGAUGAAAUCUGCACUAGCUCAAAGGCUAAUCCUUACCUUCUCCCCCCACCACCCACACUUCAGUCUCGGUGGCGGGGGGUCUAAUCUAAAGGCAGUCGUGGUGUUAAGACCACCAACUACGGUUAUGUGCAACCGCAGUGCCUUACGCGGACCCACAGCACCUGAAGUUAUAUAGGGAAAAUGAUCAGGUAUGUUGAAAACUAAGUAUAUAAUCAUUUUUCAGACAGAUAAAAUUAAACAAAAUGUAAUAAAAUAAAAUAAAUAUAAAUGUUUAUCGUUAAAUGCGAAUUCGUUUGCUUUCAUUUACUUAAUUAUUUUACCUAACGUUGAGGCCAGGUGAACGUACAGACAUGAACCCAAUCGUCCACGAGGGGGCACUUCUCCAAUUUAAGCAAACAUCUAAUGCAAAAAAAAAAAAUUAAAAUAAAAUAUAUGAUAAUUUGUCAUUGUUAAGUGCAAAUAAUUUAGGUAUUUAUUUUUUAUGUUGUUUUAUUGAAUCAUUUUAUAUGUUUCUUUUUUUAAUUAACUUUAUCAUUUUAUCUCACUGCGUAGCCGGUAAAUGUACUGACACCCAAUUAUCCACAAGAGGGCGCCUCUCAAAUUCAAGCAACCGGAAGCUUACCUUUGUCCGUAGUCCGGAUGCAUGGAAUUCUGGGUAGGUUGUCAAAGCGGCGGGAGUACAAUACUCAAAACACUUUUGGUUUUUUAAAGAGUACUUUUUUUGUGGGGCUUUGUGCGACUGAAUUGAGUACAUUGUGUCGUUUAAGUCACAGUGAAACGCCUAUUUUUCAGGUGAAGUUGAAGGCGAAAGUGAGUUUGACUUAAACUAAAGCUUUCCCCGGGAAAGGGGCUUUGAACCGCCUGAUUUGUAGUUAGCAUUGUGCCAGUUUGCAGCAGCAGCCGCCCAUCAUCGACAAAAAUGGCGAAAGUGCAAGUGUUAAAUGUGGCCGUCUUGGACAACCCGAGCCCCUUUGGGAACCCCUUCCAGUUUGAAAUAACAUUUGAGUGCAUGGAAGACCUGCCCGAAGACUUGGAAUGGAAGAUCAUCUAUGUGGGCUCAGCAGAGAGUGAAGAGUAUGAUCAAGUCUUGGACUCCGUCUUGGUUGGACCAGUACCUGCGGGACGACAUAUGUUUGUUUUUCAGGCUGAUGCACCAAACACCGGGUUGAUCCCUGAAAGCGAUGCUGUAGGGGUCACUGUGGUGCUCAUCACCUGCACGUACCGUAGCCAAGAGUUCAUUCGCAUUGGUUACUAUGUGAACAACGAGUACACGGACCCAGAACUUCGGGAGAAUCCGCCCAUCAAGCCAGACUACACACAGCUGCAGAGAAACAUUCUAGCAUCCAAUCCCCGCGUCACCAGAUUCCACAUCAACUGGGAAGGCUGCGCAGAGAGAAUGGAAGACUCUGAAAAUGUGGAUCCGUCAUCAAACUCCAUGCUGCCUCCAUCUUGUCUUCCAGGCAAAACUGCACCCUUGGGAAUACUACCGGACAAUUCCAUGGACUGCUUAUAGAGAUGUCCCUUGUUUUUUUUUUUGUGCUGUUUUUUAAGAAUGGGGACAUUCUGGUAUUGUACAGACUUACUUGCCUUACAACUGCUCUUACUUUCCUUCAAAGCUCUUCAACGAUGAAAGCUUCAGAUGAAGCAAUAUUAAAGUAGUUUUUACUCGUGGGAGAGCAAAAGCUAAUGUGUGAAGUGAUUGAUGCAGAGCAGAUUAGUGUCAAUGUCAGAUUUCAGCAAUAAAUAACUGAUAGGAGUUUGAUCAUCUGGCAUUUUAUUUCACUUCAGUUUGCACUUACAUUUAUAUACUCACACUGAAGGAUGGGAUUAUUGUUGCUUCCUCUAUGAUUUUGUUCUUCUUUGUUUGGUAUUGUAUUCCAAAUAAAAACGGUGUAUUUGUA